CUUUAAUCAAGUUGCUUCAUGAUAAUUGAUAAUAACAACAAAUACCUUGUGUUUCACGUGCGUGGUUGAAGAGACUCCUUUGUUKUAUAUUAAAAGGUGAAAUGAAUUGAAGAAGAAAGAUAGAAAAAGAAAUAAGUGGAGGAAGAGCAAAGUGAGAAUGGCUAUCAAAGAAGUAUCUGGUGAGCCUAAUCCCAAUYCCAUACGCCCACACGUACUAGCAUUUCCCCUGCCGAGCCAAGGCCACAUAAACCCACUCCACCAAUUCUCCAAGCGACUCGCCUCGCGGGGSGUGCGCGUCACGCUCCUCGUCACCGCCAGCCUCGCCCCCUCCCUCCACAUUCRCCGCUCCGCCUCCGUCCAAAUCGCCACCAUCUCCGACGUCGCCGACGCCAACGUCACUUCCGAACCCUUCAGAACCGCUGUCGCCGACGGCUUCGCCGAUUUAAUCGCCUCCUCCGACCCCAAACCGGUCCUCAUCGUCUACGACUCACUGAUGCCAUGGGUUCUCGCCCUCGCCAACCGCUUCGGACUCCACGGAGCGCCGUUUUUCACUCAAUCCUCGGCGGUUAACCACAUCUACGAUCUAAUUCAUCGCGGAGCUCUGGAGCUUCCGGUUCAGGACCACGCAGCUCCUAUCUCGCUUCCUUCUCUGCCCGUUGUUCUCGCCGCCGCGGAUUUGCCCAUUACGUUCCCCGUCGGCGGCAUCGCCGCCGUCAAGUUCUUGAAAGGCGGCCAGUUUACCAAUUUGAAGGACGCCAGAUGGAUUUUCUGCAACACCUUCCACAAAUUGGAGACCAUGGUGGGCGGUGAAUGGGGAAUGAAGAGUAUUGGGCCAAGUGUUCCGUCGGCAUACUUGGACAAGCGGUUGGAGGACGACGAAAGCUACGGAAUCAGUCUGUUCAGCUCUGAUGCGUCGGACGACGCCACCGUGGAGUGGCUCAACUCUAAGCCCGCCACCUCCGUUGUUUAUGUCUCUUUCGGAAGCGUCGUAAACUUGGAAGAAAUGCAGGUAAGGGAAAUAUCAAGCAGUCUAAGAGACGYCAAUAACCCCUUCAUAUGGGUUCUACGAGAAUCAGAAAAGCAAAAACUUCCGAUUGACUUUUUKUCAGAGACUUCAGGGAAAGGCCUGGUUCUAACAUGGUGUUCUCAGAUCCAAGUCUUGGCUCACUCUGCAAUCGGAUGCUUCGUCACUCACUGUGGCUGGAACUCGAUGCUCGAGGCGCUCAGCACCGGCGUCCCGAUGGUGGCGGUUCCAAAAUGGUCGGAUCAAACCACAAAUGCCAAGUUCGUAGCAGAUGUUUGGGGAGUUGGGGUCAGAGCAAAAGUGAAUGAGGAGGGCAUCUUUACAAGUGAUGAAAUAGACAAGUGCAUCAGAGAAGUGAUGGAGGAAGAGAGAGGGAAAGACAUAAGAAGGAAUUCAUUAAAAUGGAAGGAGUUGGCUCGAGAGGCCGUGGAUGAAAGUGGUACUUCAGAUAACAACAUUAAUGACUUUGUAAAAGAACUUAUCGACUCUACUUGA